UAUCGAUAGCCUAUUGAUUGUAACAUAGGUGCUCGUCGUUGCCCGGACGUCGUUGAUGGACCGCCAGGACAGCCUGGCUUGUUUGUACUAAAUGUUUCGACCUACGUACCAAAGUUGAGAGGCAUGCUAGUGAGUCAAGUAUACGUAGACCUAUAGACAUGUAUAUAUAAUAUAGUGAAUGCGUCGUGUAGGAAUUUGAAGUACGCAUUUCGACUGCAUACAAAUCAACACGCGCCGAUAGAAUUGAAGGAUUGACACUCAAAGCCGAUAGUUGAAGGAAGCACUCACCUUUGGCAGGCCGCUGAUGGGGUGUACACGUAUUGAAUGAUCACGUGCUGAGUGACUUGAUCAGGGAAGGCAAUUGCCUGCUUUUAGUACGUAUUUGCAUUAAGCUGCAUUUUAUUGCUUGAUUUAGUGAAGUGUACACUCAAAAGGUAGACGUCAGCAAGCUGUAUAUCGAAUAUCUCAUCAGUGUUAUAAACAGGACAAAACACAGCUAACGUGGUACCAACUGUCAAUAAGCUCAUUGCCAUGCCGGGACAUUUUAUUUACCAUAGUGCUCGUCUCUGAUGCUGGCCUUAUCAGUGCCUUGGGAAUAAAGUUGGGAUUAUGCUGAUUCAUUAUGAAAGUUGCUGAUUAACGUUUAACCAUUGAAUGGAUGAAAACCUGUAAGAUACUCGACAGACGAUGUUUUCUGUGAACGGCCUGUGACCACUUCUAGAACAACUCUCCUUUACAUUAUGGAUUUAGAAACACGAGCUCGUGAACGUCGCCUCAUGGACAUAGCGCGCGGGAAACAAUACCUUCGCCAGAUCGACAAUCUGGCAGAGAAACACUGGAAUCAACUCGAACCUAGGAACAACAGCUAUAGGCAAGUAUCGGUGGGCCCCCUAAAAGAAUAUACAUUCUUUUUAAACAGAUCAUUCCAACAAGGAGAGGAUAGUGUAUCAAAUAGGGCCAAACCAAAACGUAGAAUUCAUUCCGAACAAAUGCCGAAAAUGAAUGGACAAGUGACGACAGAUCGUGUGCAGUCCGAGAGACUGGGUGGUCAAACUGGUAUGGAAUCCCUGAGAGGAACACAUUUGUUCAACCAGUGGGGAUCGAACAUCGAUCCUCUAGCGGAAAAAGUGGCGCUUAAAAGAGAAGACAGGCAAGCAACAGUCCAACCAUUUUCGUUUGGAGAUGGAAACAGAAAAGUUCAGAAGCCAAGCCCCAAAAAGGGAGUCUUGAUGAGCCGGGUAAGCUCUGACCUCAAGGACCGACAAAUAAAAACAAACACUGACUUCCGGUCAUCACGCAAUGGAAUGGUGGCAGUCAUACAUCCGGUCGGGCCGUCACCGGACACGGAAGUCGUACCGGAUGUCAUAGAUCAACAAAUGAUAGAACGAGAACAGACGUCAGUGAUGCUGAGUAGGAUAGAUAGGAUGCUUCACCCAAACAGAUAUGCGCUGAAGACUAAAUUAGCCCCGAGUGAGGAGGAAGUAUCUCACAACUCAUCUAAAGCAGCAUCCGACAUUUCUAAUAAAAGUGUGAAAAGAAACAUUGAGCAGGGUUAUUCUAAUGGAGGGCAUCACAAUCCUCCCCGGACAAGGGAAGAUCGUUCUAAAUUAUUAUCUAACCCCGCUUACGCCCCAAAGACUUCUGGUAACCCAAUGAAGUCGUUCGCACAGAUGCUGAACGAGUUGGACAGAACCCAAAUUAACGUUGACCGGAAGUGUCGUUUGUGGAUCAAUAAAAUAGCGUUGGAUUCAUAUGAGUGACGCGCGGAUAUUCAUAAUUUGUGUCUGUGUUAUGGAACAAGUCUUUUGUUUUAGAAACCGACACAUAUGUCUCUGAAAUACAUGAUAUAAUUACUGUGACGUUGUUUGUUCAUAUAUUAAAUGUUAAGGUAUAUGGGAAGACUUAUAAUGAAAGUGUGAAUUAUCGAAAAUUCAUUCUGUAAAAAGUGAUAUUUUUCCCUAGUAAAAAUAUCACUUUUUUCUGAUUUGACCAAUCAAAACGACAAUGGGAGAAUUUUAAAGCUGCCCGGUAGAUUUUACUGUAACAAAUAUAUCAGAUAAUAUAAAAAAUAUCAAAAUAUUAGCCACACGGGUGAAAUAUAUUUGGUUUUACUGAAAUAACUGUUAGAUAUCCUCUAUGUAUUACCAAAAGGUGUUUAUUUUACACUCCGUGAAAUACUUGUAUUAAAAGAACUAUCACAGGACUACAUAAUGUAGAACAUUUCACUUUGUAAUCCACUUUUGCAUUGUAGAAUGAAUUGUAUCUUGUUUACUUUAUUUCUAAGGAAAUAACGAAUGUAAAACAUAGUACACAUAAGAAAUAUUGUUGGUAAAAUAAUAAGAUAUUGAUGCA